AGGGUUUGGUUAAGUUGCAGGAACCUCGUCACAGUGGUCCUUUUUGCUGUCUCGCCAUAGCCCGGAGUGCCUCACAAGCGCGAGUCUUCUUCCACAGCCCCGUCAACAAUGGUGGCCGCCAAGAAAACCAAGAAGGCUCAGGAGUCGAUCAACAACCGGCUGGCGCUGGUGAUGAAGUCCGGGAAGUACACCCUGGGCUACACCACGACGCUGAAGUCUCUCCGGGGCGGCAAAGGCAAGCUUGUCAUCAUCGCCAACAAUUGCCCUCCUCUCAGGAAGUCCGAGAUUGAGUAUUACGCCAUGCUCUCCAAGACCGGUGUGCAUCACUACAGUGGAAACAAUGUAGAUUUGGGCACGGCUUGCGGGAAAUACUUUAGGGUUUGUACCUUGAGCAUCACCGACCCCGGUGACUCUGAUAUUAUCCGUUCCAUGCCUACGGAGCAGUCGUAGGAUUCUCGGGCUUAUAGGACUUGGGGAGGCGGAAUUGAAGCAGAGGAGGGUUUCGGUUGCAGUUGAGCUACGCCGUCGUUUGUUUGUUGGCUGGCUAAGGAAAGAUUUUGGGCGGCCACGGUGUAGUUUUUCUCCUUAUUGUUGGGUUCGUGUCUUUCGUACUUGGCCUGACACAAGUAGUGCUAUGCUUCUCCGCAGUAGUGUUUGUAACAUCCCAAGAAUAUGAUUAAGGUCUGUCAUGAGGCAAUGAGCAGUUUCUUUUGCUUAG